GAUGAGUGCCUUUAUGAUAAUGCGAACAAUUGCACGGCCAGAGGGGCCAUGAUUUGCGAGAAUACACAGGGAAGCUAUAGAUGUUUAUGUCCACAGGGAAAAACAAUGGCGAAUGGCAAGUGCAUGGCAAGGUCCUUAUCUCCAGGUAUAAGCAUCGCGAUAGGUGUUGGUAGUGGCACAGUCCUUCUGCUCCUGGUUCUCUUUGGGAUCAUCAUUACCCGAAAACAUAAACAAUUGAAGACUAAAAGAUUGAAACAAAAGUUCUUCAAGCAAAACCGUGGACAGCUAUUGCAGCAGUUGGUUGGUCAAAGGGCGGACAUUGCGGAAAGGAUGAUCAUACCUUUGGAGGAGCUUGAGAAGGCGACAAACAAGUUUGAUAAAGCUCGUAAGCUCGGUGAUGGCGGGCACGGUACUGUGUACAAAGGCAUCCUAUCGGACCUCCAUGUCGUUGCUAUCAAGAAGUCAAAGAUUGCAGUUCAAAGAGAGAUCGAUGAGUUCAUCAACGAGGUUGCCAUCUUGUCACAAAUAAGCCACAUAAAUGUUGUGAAGCUCUUUGGGUGUUGUCUAGAGACAGAGGUGCCUUUGCUUGUCUAUGAGUUUGUUUCCAAUCGUACCCUGUACCACCACCUUCAUGUCACGGAACCAAAAUCAUUGGCAUGGAACGAUAGGUUGAGGAUCGCGACAGAGAUAGCCAAAGCUAUUGCCUAUCUUCAUUCGGCUGUUUCAAUCCCUAUAAUCCAUAGAGAUAUCAAGUCCACAAAUAUACUUCUCGAUGAUACUCUAACAUCAAAGGUAUCAGAUUUUGGAGCUUCAAGACACAUUCCAUUUGAUCGGACAGGAAUAACAACCAAGGUGCAAGGAACAAUAGGAUACAUGGAUCCUACAUACUACUACACGAGACGGCUCACUGAUAAGAGUGAUGUUUACAGCUUUGGAGUUGUUCUAAUUGAAUUGCUUACUAGGAAGAAGCCAUUUUCAUAUGUGUCCUCAGAGGAAGAAGGCCUUAUUGCACAUUUCAUUGACCGACUUGAAUCAGGUAGACUGACUGAAAUAUUAGAUUGGCAAGUAAUCAAGGAGGGAGGGAAACAGGUUGAACAAGUUGCUAUAUUAGCCGCGACAUGUGUGAAAAUGAAUCCAGACCAGCGACCAACCAUGAGACAAGUGGAGAUGGCACUCGAAUCCAUUCAAUCAAUGGAGCAAGUUUUGGACAAUGUUGCAGGGGAGAAAUUGGUGGCUAGUAUUAGAAGAUCUCACCUUGAAAGAAGAAGCGUUCAGGACAUGACUAGGCAGUAUAGCUUGGAAGAAGAGUACUUACUGUCCUCAAGGUACCCUCGGUAGUCGGUAGUUUUGCAAUAAGGUCAUGGAAAGGAGAAAGACAUGCAGCUCUAUAGAGCACAAAACAAAUUAUUUCCUAUCAAGACAGGAAGUAAUUCAUAGCUUGUACCAGUAUCGCACUUGCAUUUUCUAUUUACCCCUCACCAUAAAACUGAUGUGAGAUGCAGUCCAUCAGCCUCUCGUGGCGAUCCAUUAUAUCACCAUGGCUCAGACAAAUCUAACUAAGCUGUUCUGAAGA